UUUCGUCCAGUAUUUGCUGUCAUGUGUAAAUAGCUUUACAUUUUGUCACGUUUUUAUUCAAUCACAACAGAACUAAAUUUAUUUAUAAAAUUUUUUAAACAACUACUAAAAUGAGCGAACGAUUAAUCGAAGAAGUUAUUACUCAUCAUGAUUCCAUUUGUAAAUUAUUAUCAGAAGAAAAUGAACGAUAUUCCAAUUUAGUUGAACAGAAUGAUUUCAAUAGAACCAUGUCUGAGAUGGAAAUUUAUUUACGAAAAUUACGUAAUAUUCAAAAAGAAAUGUCAACAUUAACCACACAGACACGUGAUAUUCGAAAACGUGCCGAAUAUUUGCAACAAUUGAAACAGAAAAAAGAUGAAAAUUAUGCAUAUGAAAUGGAACGGAUCAAACAGAUGGAACAAUCAUUGAAACCGAUCAAACCGCCAACAUCAUCAUCAUCACCAUCAUCAUAGUCAAGUUAAUGUGAUUCAAGUUGAUUUUUUUUUCAUACACAUGUCA